GCAUUAGUCUUUAUCCUGCUGUACAUACAAAUAAAGUGGUAUUUGAAAUAGCACAGCUGAUUAUUUUUGAAACUAUAUGCGAUAAGUAAUACUUUCUUUUAAGUUGCAGAUAGGACUGACUUAGCUAGAAAAUGCACUCCCGCCCUUUUUUUGUAUUUCUUUUCUUUUUAUUAUCACUAGUCUUCAUCGUCAUUUCAUACUCAUAUUGCAUGUACACAUUCUUUUAUGUACAUGGUUAUCAAGUGAGUAGCAUUAACUGCUCGUAUUAAUGAAUUACAAGAAAAAGUAAAUGCAUUUGAUGAAAGGUAAGAAUAUAAUUAAAAACGAAGCUUUAUUUUUUUUCAUUAUCUAAUUAGAUAUGCGGCACAAAAUGAUGAAAUAGCUCGUCUUCAAUUAGGAAACGGUGUUUUACUAGAAAAAAUUAUUAAUGAAAAACGAAAAGUAUCAAUUCUUGAAGAUCUUGAAAGUCAAAUGCAAGGAUUAAUUGAUGAUAAAGCUCAUUGA